AUGGCUGAUGUUUCGAAGGUUCUGCCCAGUUUUGAUCUAUUUCGAGGAGCCAACAAAAACAGCGGCUCACAGGUGCCCAUCCUCAUUGGGAUUUUGCUGAGUGAUGAUAACCUCGUCCAGUCCAACGUUGGCAACUGUUCGCCGCUUUGCUCUUCAGCCCGGUACUCCAUCUAUUGGGCUGUUACCAUACCUGGCUGGCCUGAGAGUUGGUAA